AAAGCAGUGUUUGAUCACCCGGCCGCCGGAAAAGAGGUGGGCUUAAGACUGUGCGAGCUCAGACAAGGCACCCGUUCUGCGGCUAGUUACGCCCUAGAUUUUCGCACGCUCGCAGCCGGCAGUGGGUGGAGCGAACCCGCGCUGCUCACUGUGUUUCAGCGAGGGUUAAGGGAGGACCUUCAGGCUGAACUCGUUUUUCGCGGGCAGGAACUGACUCUGGAUCAGUUCAUUCAGACAGCCAUUUCCAUGGACAAUUUGCUGCGAGGCAAACGCAGACUAACACGAGAGCCGAGACCACUCACCAGCGCCAGCCUCUCCACCCCCGCCCCCCAGUGUGAAGCAGAGCCCAUGCAGCUGGGAAGAGCACGCCUCACUCCAGAGGAGAAGCUCCGCCGACGCAGGCAAGGUCUAUGUUUAUACUGCGGCCAUGCCGGCCAUAUCUGCGCUUCCUGCCCCGUCCGUCCCAGUGCUACUGGGGCGGCAGAGGUGAGUCUGACUCAAAUCUCUGUUACUCCUAAACAUAUGAUGUUGAAAGUUCAGAUUGCUGUGGGUUCAGACAAGUUUUUUGUUUCAGCCCUUGUAGACUCGGGAGCAGCAGGUAACUUCAUGGAUGUGAAUCUGGCCAAGCAACUGCAAGUACCACUUCAAGCCAUGGUCACUCAGCUCAGGAUCAAAGCCUUGGAUGGACGACCACUGGGGCAAGGAACUGUUUCCAAAAGUACAGAUGAACUGAAUCUAGUCAUAUUCCUACAGUUACUGAGUGGAAGGAGAGGAGUGAACAAACCUGGGAGGAGGCUCAUGUGCGGCUCCAGCGUGCUGUUCGCCGGAUGAAGACUCAGGCUGAUCGAAGAAGAAGGGCAGCUCCAAACUUCCAAAUUGGACAAAGGGUCUGGUUGUCUACAAGAGAUUUGAAACUGAAACUUCCCUCAAAGAAGUUAAGUCCUCGCUUUAUAGGCCCCUUUAGAAUUGUCAAACAGGUUACACCCGUGUCUUAUCAGUUAGCCCUGCCAGCAAAUUAUCGUAUUGCUCCCACUUUCCAUGUCUCUCUGCUCAAACCUGUUUCUUCUUCUUUACAGAACCCAGGGUCAGUGACUGAGCCUCCGCCCCCGCUGGACAUUGAUGGUGCUCCCGCCUAUAGUGUAAACUCUCUUUUGGACUCCAAGCUCCGUAGGGGUCGACUCUUCUAUCUAGUGGACUGGGAGGGUUACGGUCCGGAAGAACGGUCUUGGGUUCCAGCCUGUGACAUCCUUGACCCUUCUUUGAUAUCUGAUUUUCAUAGGGAUCAUCCCAAUCGGCCAGCUCCCAGACCCAGGGGUCGCCCCCGGCGUAGAGUUAGAGAGUCGGCGGGAGCCGACCGUCAGGAGGGGGGUGAUGUCACGAUUGACCCUGGCGGUUCGCCUCCCAGACACAGGAGGUCGCUCUCUCCUCAGUAUUAACUUGCACACCUGUUUUGCUUCUGAUCUAAUUCUCUCUCUAUUUAAGGACACCGCACCUGAGCAGAGGUGCGACGUCUUGUUUGUUUUCUCUACAGCAUUUCGAAGCAUUUCUUGUUAUAUCGUGUGAAUUCUGGUUAUACUGAUCUUGUUCCGUUUUUUGAUUUCGAUUUUUGGAUUUCCCUUGCCUGAUUUGUUUGCCUGGUUAUUUUUUGUGACUAUUAUUAAUAAACCUGCGUUUGGAUCCCA